GUUUUGGUAGCGUUGGACAGGCUGUUGCAUUGGACUGCUUCUGAAUGUGUCGUCGCUUGGAAAUUUGACAAAGUGUCUUUUCCAUGGCUACUCGGCGUGGAGUGAUUCAAAAUGACUCUGAUUGUGAAGCAUUGGAUGAAACUGAUGUUGUUCCAAAACGAAUGUCUAAAUGGACCAAAUAUCAUGUUUUAGCGUUUUGGUUAACUUUUAUUAGUUAUGCUUUGUUCCAUGCUACAAGAAAGACAUUUAGCAAUGUAAAGGCUACAAUAUCAGCUACUUGGACUCCUCAAAACCUAUCACUGCCUAAUGUUUUUGAUGAUAAUUGGAAUGGCCAUCAACUUUUUGAAGAUGAAUCUGACGCUUCAUUUUUUUUAGGUGUUUUAGAUACUGUAUUUAUGACUGCCUAUGCUAUUGGCUUGUUCAUUAGUGGUGCUGUUGGUGAUAGAUUAAAUCUUAAACUUGUUCUUGCAUUUGGAAUGUGUUCUUCAUCACUUUCAGUUUUUCUGUUUGGUACGGUGAGUGAAUGGCUUCAUGUAUAUAAGAAACCAUGGUAUGUUAUAUUUUGGGGUUUGACAGGCUUGCUUCAAUCCACUGGGUGGCCAACUGUUGUUGCUAUCAUCGGAAAUUGGUUUGGAAAAUCAAGUCGAGGCUUUGUUAUGGGAGUUUGGGGAGCUUGCCCAUGUGUUGGAAAUAUAAUUGGAGCAUAUUCAGUUUCAGCUGUUUUGGCUUAUGGAUAUCAAUAUUCUUUUUUGGUGACUGCAAGUGUAACGUUUGCUGCCAGUUCAGUUAUUCUAUUUGGUUUAGUAUCCUCACCACGAGAUGUAGGUCUUCUUGGUCCUGAUGAAGAAGAAGAAGCUUCUGAUAGAGCACCACUGCUUCAGGAUCAGACUCAGCCUAGAACUUUUGAAAGAUCAGUUUCAGAUAGACCAAAAGCCAUUGGCUUGUGUAAUGCUUGCUGUAUUCCAGGUGUUAUUGCUUACUCUUUGUCGUAUGCCUGUUUGAAGUUUGUGAAUUAUUCAUUCUUCUUUUGGUUGCCUUUCUAUUUACAAAAGCAGUAUGGAUGGAGAGAAGCACUUGCAGACCAGCUGUCAGUAUGGUAUGAUGUAGGAGGAAUAAUAGGUGGCAUUCUCAUUGGUUUUUUGUCAGACAGACUGGAAACACGUUCUCCAGUGGUUGGACUGAUGUUGUUGUUAUCACCAGGGGCAUUGCUUCUUUACAAAAAUGCUCCAGAUAGUCUUGUUCCAAAUGCUGCUUUGAUGACUCUUACGGGUAUUGCUAUUGGAGGUGUUUCAAGUCUUAUAAGUACUGCAGUUUCAGCUGAUCUAGGGCGACAUCCUGACCUUUCAAACAGCAAGGAAGCAUUAUCUACUGUUACUGGGAUCAUUGAUGGAACUGGAAGUGCAGGAGCUGCUCUUGGUCAAAUGUUAGUGCCUGUCUUCAUGAACAAAUAUGGAUGGUCAUCUGUGUUUUAUCUAUUCAUUGUCAUGACUCUUCUGACUCUUCUUUGCAUUAUAAACCUGGUUAUCAGAGAUACUAUAGAGCUGUUCAAGAGAAUUUACUACAGGAGAGCUACAAUUUCUGAAAAGAUUGAAGACCAUAUAAUAAAUGCUAAGAGGGAGUUUUUACAUUGAUAAUGGACUAGAUUUAUAAAUUUAACUUCUGCAAUCACGGAUAAUGCCAUGUUUCCCAAUAUAAGUGCCUUUGAAGUUUCCCUAGUCAAAUACUUUGUUAUUUUAUGAAUUAUACAUUAGGUUUUUUAAAUGGGAUUUUAGUAGUUCAUAUCAUUUUAAGUUAAUACUCAUUUAUGUUGAAUUCCUUUAGGCUCAUUUCAUUUUUAGAUAAAAUGUAUCAAAAAUAUGAAUUUUAUUUCUUAACUGCAUAUUUAAUGUUUUAAAAAGAUAUUUCUUGUUAAGUUUUCACUUGCUGUACAGAAAUUUUAGACUACACAAGAUUUUUGUUCAUCUAGAAGUUCUUUUCACAUUUGAAUUUAUCUUAUUGUCAUAUACUUCAUUUCUAUAGUUUUUUUUUAAAUCAGUUUGUAGCUUAUUAAAUUUAUUUUCUUUUAUUUAUUUCAUAUGUAUCAUUUAGAAAUUUAUCUUUUCAGUGUUUGUUCUGUGUCUUGUGCACCAUUAAUAAAACAUCUGUUGAUGAAACAGUUGAUGUUUCUUAAAGCAAUUAAACACAUAAUGUAACAUGAACAUUUUAGCUAUUAAAGAAAAAAUAUUUCCUGAAAAAUUAUUAAAUUUAAAAAUUAUUCAGCUUUAGUUUGUUUGUUUCAGAAAUUGAGAUAUUUUUGUUUUCCACUGUUUCUAUGAAACAUAAUUUAUUUAAAAAGAAAAUGAGAAUUUAAAAUAUAUCCUUAAACUGAAGUUACAGUAAACUCCCAAUUAUCUGCGGGCAUUCACUUUCAAAAAAAACAAACAAAUGUUUGUGAUGAUUAACUGAACCGAGAUAAAUGCCCACAUUUAAACUUAACAAGUGUAAAAUUAUUUUUUUUUUAAUUCAUUUUCUUUUUUCCACAUUUUCAAUGGCAGCAAACCUUCCACUGUCACCGAAAUUUGACUAGUUGAAUUCUGAUUUUUGAAUCCACACUAAUCUUACUGCUAAAGACCUAUACUACUUGCUGAUUUUUGUAUCAACCUUACUUUCUGAAUUUUGAAUGUACAAUACUUAUGCGCCUAAAUGAGUGACUGGAGCAGUUUCUUGGAAAAAUUCCCCUCCCCUAUGCGUUUUCUGUGAAACCUACCUUGAUUUGUUGCAAUUGCAUGAUUUUUUUUCUUCCAUGUGUACAAUCGGUUUGCAAUAAUGAGUGAUCUCCCCCCCCCUCCCCCCAUUUUUUACAUACACUGUUUUAGCUAUAAUUGAAGUGAACUUAGUUACAAUGCAAGUAUUAUCAAUCUCUUAAGCUAUUGCAUACACCUGCAUGGUUUUUAUCUAAUGUGGGGACUAUUCGCGCUUACUGUCCCACCCUAUUCUAUGGAUAAUCGGGAGUUUACUUUGUUCAUUAUAGCUCUUUCAUGUUUGUUUAAGUUUGAAACUGAUAUAUGUUGAAUAACUAUGACAAAAUGUAUGAACUUAGCAUAACUACACUUACAAUUUAGGUAUUAUUUAAGGUUUCUCUGACAGUGCUAUGGAACUUUAUGUCAAACGCUUUCAAGACAAGUUAUUAUAGUUAAAUUUUGUGCAUGUUAUUAGUAUAGAGAAAUAUAAUUUGUUAAUGUUAAUUUUUUUGAAUGGAUCCACUUUUUUACUAGUUAACUGACAUACAGUGCUGGUAAAAAAAUGCAUCACCCUCACAUUUUCACAACAAUGGGAUUAUGUGAGAAGUUUUGGUCGACCGAUUAACGAUGAAUGUAUGUGAAAUUCUGCAAAACUUAUGAAAUAAAAAAUUUAACAGCAGUAAUCUGAUAAUUGUUUACGUAGAUCAGGGCUGUUUCCGGGGCAAGGCAAACUGCUGACCCCAUGCUCAUUUUUCCAUUUCUGAACCUGCGUGUGAGUUUAGAGAAAAAAAAUUACUUAACCCCAUGUCAAUUUAAGUCUAAUGGCAGGAUAAAGGUUGAUAAAUUGUUACUUACCAGUUUUACCCUUUGGCACAGAGCAGAAUCAUCCUGGAAAAUGACGUUUGGAACUGAAGUAAAGUGAUCCCGGAUAGUACGAAGCAAUUUCUCCUCCAAAAUGCCAAUAGACACCUGAGCAUUUACUGUUCCUUGCACAAAGUGAAGCCCACCAACUCCUUGAUCAGAAAUACAUCUCCAAAUCAUGCGGGAUACGGGAUGCUUGACUGCAUAUUCCUCUCCUUUGCUGCGUGGGUGAUGCAAUUUUUUUUACCACCACUGUAUUAUGUAGUCCAUUUAGUAAAUUUUACCUAUUAUGGAGGAAAUGUGAUUUUGAAUAUGAAUUGUUUCACAUCAUGCAUUCAAUUAAUGCCUAAAGUACUAGAUUACAAAUCCGCAAAAUGGUUGGUCAUUUGGAUUUCAACUGAAAUACUGAAACACUAAAAUAUCAUUUUAGUAUGUAUCUAACAGCUCUACUACUUUCAAGGAAACUAAUUUUUCUUGCAUUUUGUAAAUAAUUAUUCUUUUUUCUACUACAUGAAAAAACAUUUAUACUUUGGUGUUGAAUUUGAAUUACAUUAUGUUCUAAAAAUGCAUCUUGUUGAAAGUUUUUUUUCUCUAUUUUUUUUUUUUUUUUUUUUUUGUAAUUAAUCUCUGUUUGAAGUUCCUAUAGAUCUCAAUGCUGAUCUAAAAAUUUCCAUCAAUUGAAUAGGUAAAAUGAAAAGCAUUGCAUCUCAAGCAAGGGUUGAUUUCAUAUAGCUAAAUUUUUUCUUCAAAAAAAAGCAUACUUUAUUUUCUUAACUUAGGCCCAAAAUUAUUCUCUGCAUCAGAAAGUCUACAUUAGACUUCAUCAAAAAAUAUUGCAUUACUUUAAAUCUGUUAAAUUCAAAGACAAUUAAAAACAUUUUUACUAAAUAAAAAAAAAA